AUGAAGGAAGAACAAUGGGCACCAGUGAUAGUAAUGCUAAUGUCAAGUGUUGCAAUGGGAUCAGUGAACGCUCUCGUUAAGAAAGCACUUGAUGUUGGUGUUAAUCAUAUGAUCUUUGCUGCCUAUAGAAUGGCUAUUUCUGCUUUAAUAUUGGUUCCGUUUUCUUAUAUCUGGGAGAGGAAAACAAGACCAAGGAUAACGUUCAUGCUCUUGUGCGAACAUUUCAUCAGCGGAUUACUUGGGGCUAGUUUGAUGCAGUUUUUCUUUUUGCUUGGACUAUCGUACACCUUACCCACAGUUGCGAUGGCUCUAAGUAGCAUGUUACCCGCUAUUACCUUUGCCUUAGCCCUUGUUUUCAGAAUAGAGAUUGCACAAAACCUGAAGAGCAAACCAGGUGUGCUGAAGUUAAUCGGAGCCCUAACUAGCAUACUUGGAGCAAUGUUCUUAACAUUCUACAAAGGUCCACAAGUAUCAAACUCUCAUACUCAUCCAGAGGCUAUUCAGAAAAACACAUUACAUAACAAUGGACACGACCAAGCAAAUAAAUGGCUUCUUGGCUGUCUUUACUUGUUCACUGGAACAGUGUUAUUGUCACUAUGGAUGUUGUAUCAAGGAAAAUUAAGCGUUAAGUAUCCGUGCACUAAGUACUCAAGUACUUGUCUCAUGUCGGUCUUCGCAGCAUUUCAAUGUGCCAUUUUGAGUCUUUAUAAGAGUAGAGAAGUCGAAGAUUGGAUCAUCGAAGACAAAUUCGUCAUCUUCGUUAUCCUUUACGCUGGAAUAGUGGGACAAGCGAUGUCGACAGUGGUAACGUCAUGGUCGAUAAAAUUGACAGGAGCAGUCUUCGUGUCAACAUUUAGCCCCGUUAGCCUCGUCUCUGCUACUUUAUUCGAUUUUGUCAUCUUACAGUCUUCUUUAUACCUCGGCAGCAUAAUUGGAUCAGUAGUGACUAUAACGGGCCUCAACGUGUUUCUUUGGGGGAAAAGAAGUGAGAAUUUAACCACUUCCAAGUCUUGUCAAAUGAUCGAAAACGAAGACAAUAUAGUAAUAAAUGAUAACAAUACUAAAUUGCCCGUAUAA